AUAAUUUGCCCCCCCAACCCCCACCCGUGGCCUGGGCUUACACGGUGCAUGAAGCAGGGUGUCUGGAGCCCCUGUGCUGGAACAGAGAGAGACCCUGGAGCAGAGGAUAGUGCCUUGGGCAGUCUGGCUUGGCUUAGUGAAACUUUCUUCUCCUUGGGCUCAGCCACUGAAAUCCUGGUUUCUUGGGGGAAAUGAUAAGACCAGCCCAGGCACUCCUGAAGAGAAGAGCAGUGGAAAAGGCCUUUGACUACUUUUUACCAGGCCUUGGGCUGCUGUCUGGGACCACGCAAAUCACACGUGGCUGUUCUUUGCCCUACUGUGCACCAGCUGCAUGAUGCUGCCCAGGCCUGGAGGUGCAGGGGGAUGGAGGGAAUCAUGCAGGCACUGGGCAUGUGUCAAGCAUGUACUCCUGCCUUGGAGCCAGCUUCCUCUUCCUGUCCCAGAAGACUCAGAGCGAGGGCCACACUGGGGUAGAGGAGUAGGUUGAACCUGGGGGUUGGGGGGACCAGUGCCCAUGGCCAUCCCGGUAGUGACGCGGAAUCUGUGCCUCUCUUCCCUCUGCAGCUGCUGCCGCUGUCCCCGUGUCUUCUGGUUGCUUCCCUCUUUGCUGUUCCUUCCCAUAGGCUCCCCUGCUCCACCUCCUGGGGACCACCAUGAAUGGUGUCCCUUCCCCGGAGGAUGGGGCCUCCCCCUCCCCACCCCCAUUGCCACCACCGCCUCCCCCAAGCUGGAGGGAAUUCUGCGAGUCUCAUGCCCGGGCUGCAGCCCUGGACUUCGCCCGCCGUUUCCGCCUCUACCUGGCCUCGCACCCUCAGUACGCUGGCCCAGGCGCCGAGGCUGCCUUCUCCCGCCGUUUCGCCGAGCUCUUCCUGCAGCACUUUGAAGCCGAGGUGGCCAGGGCAUCUGGCUCCCUGUCGCCUCCAGUCCUGAGCCCAGGGGCUGAGAGCCCUCCUCCUGAGCUGGCCCUUGAGAGCUGCCGAGCAGGCGUGUUGGGCCCUUCUCGGUCUUCUGAGGACCUAGCCGGCCCGCUCCCUUCCUUGGUUUCUUCUACCACCUCCUCGAAGCCGAAGCUAAAGAAGCGCUUCUCCCUGCGCUCAGUGGGACGCUCCGUCCGUGGUUCUGUCCGCGGCAUCCUACAGUGGCGGGGAGCCAGUGAUCCCCCCUCCCCAGCUGGGCCCCUGGAGACCUCAUCAGGCCCCCCAGUCUUAGGGGGAAAUAGCAAUUCCAACUCUUCUGGGGGCACUGGGGUCAUUGGCAGGGGACUGGUUAGUGACGGCGUAACCCUGGGGGACAGAUGGACUCACCGGUUCGAGAGGCUGAGACUCAGUCGGGGUGGGGGGCCCUUGAAGGAUACCGCAGGGGUGGUGCAGCGGGAAGAGCUGUUGAGUUUUAUGGGGGCCGAAGAGGCAGCCCCUGACCCAGCUGGAAUGGGCCGGGUUGGAGGGGCAGCCGGACCCACCUCGGGUGGCAGUGGGCAGCCUCAGUGGCAGAAGUGUCGCUUACUGCUUCGGAGUGAAGGAGGAGGAGGAGGAGGAAGCCGACUGGAGUUCUUUGUCCCACCAAAGGCAUCUCGGCCCCGUCUCAGCAUCCCCUGCUCGGCCAUCACAGAUGUUCGUGCCACCACAGCACUGGAGAUGCCAGACCGUGAGAACACCUUUGUGGUUAAGGUGGAAGGCCCCUCGGAAUACAUCCUGGAGACCGCCGGCGCACUGCAUGUGAAGGCCUGGGUGGCUGACAUUCAGGAGUGCCUGAGUCCAGGACCCUGCCCUGUUCCUAGUCCCCGCCCCAUGACACUCCCACUGGCACCUGUGCCCUCAUUUCUGCCAAGGGAGAAUCCAGACAGCAUGGAGCUGCCCUGCAUGAACCACUCCGAGAGUCUGCCCAGCCAGGACUUGUUGCUGGGCCCCAGCGAGAGCAGUGACCGCCUAUCACAGGGAGCCUACGGGGGCCUCUCAGACCGCCCCUCCGCAUCCAUCUCCCCCAGUUCUGCCUCCAUUGCUGCCUCCCACUUUGACUCAAUGGAACUGCUGCCCCCAGAACUGCCCCCUCGCAUCCCUAUUGAGGAGGGACCCCCUGCUGGGACAAUACAUCCCCUCUCAGCCCCCUACCCACCCCUGGACACCCCGGAGACAGCCACAGGGUCAUUCCCGUUCCAGGGGGAGUCGGAGGGAGGUGAGGGGGACCAGCCCCUCUCAGGGUACCCUUGGUUCCACGGCAUGCUCUCUCGACUCAAGGCCGCUCAGCUGGUGCUGGCGGGAGGCACCAGCUCCCACGGGGUGUUCCUGGUUCGGCAGAGUGAGACGAGGAGGGGUGAAUACGUCCUCACCUUCAACUUCCAGGGCAAGGCCAAGCACCUGCGCUUGUCUCUGAAUGAGGAGGGUCACUGCCGGGUGCAGCACCUGUGGUUCCAGUCCAUUUUCGAUAUGCUCGAGCACUUCCGGGUGCACCCCAUCCCCCUGGAAUCCGGGGGCCCCAGUGACGUGGUCCUGGUCAGCUAUGUUGUAUCCUCCCAGCGGCAGCAGGAAUCGAGCACCUCUGACCCACUCCGGCCCCCACGACCCCCGUCAUGGACAGAUCCCCCACAACCUGGGGCAGAAGAGGCGUCGCGGGCGCCAGAAGUGGCGGCAACAACAGCCGCCACAGCCAAAGAGAAGCAAGAGAAAGAGAAAGCGGGCAGUGGACGGGUCCAGAAAGAGCUGGUCCCCGUGGUUGAGCUGGUCCCCGUGGUUGAAUUGGAAGAGGCCAUAGCACCAAGCGCGGCGGAGGCCCAGGGAGACGCAGGAUCUGGUGGGGUCCCUGGGGGAACCCUGAUGGUGCAGCUCCAGCAGCUACCACUAGGGGGUGAUGGAGAAGAAGGGGGCCAUCCCAGAGCCAUUAACAACCAGUACUCCUUUGUGUGAGGCCCCCCCUUCUUCACUACUCUUGCCCCCCCCCCCCCCCAGUCCUCAGAGUAUGAGGUUGGAUACAGGAAUGGCAGGCGCCCCACACAUAUACACUGCUUCCUGACCCUUGAAGGCCCAGGGCCUGUUUAUUGGUACAAGAGAAGGUUUGCAAACCCUUGUAAGCCCUGGCUUA